AUGCAUAACCCCUAUAUGAAUACCAUGCCUAACGUGAAUAUAGGCAGUAUUGGUGAUGGUAGCCGAUGUAUUAAAGAAUUACGUGGAAUAUUAGCGAUUAAAAAUGGUCGUGUCUAUAUUAUAAAUGAACGUGAACGUCCAACUGUUAUAAUCGAACGAAAUCGUUUAUUUCCUAUCGGUACAUUUAUUCCAUAUAAUUUUUCAAAUUUAACCGAUGUUCCUAUUCCGAGUGAAUCUAUUGAUCUUGUUGUUUGUUAUAUGGGUUUACAUCAUUUACCACAAGAUCAACUUGAUAUAUAUUUAAAAAUGAUUUAUUUUUAUAUCGUGAACAUCAUGCAUAUGAAGAAUUAA